UUUACCAGCUAGAAUUUGUACCAAAAUAACAACUUGUGAAAUUAUCUAUAAUGAAUGAUAAUUUCACAUGAACUAUGAAUAUCUACUGUUAGGUGAAAUAUUAAUAAGAAAUGUAAAAAUAAAAAUUAAGAAAUCAACAUCACAUUUUUAUUGUAACCAUUUCUAAGCAGUCGGUGGUGAAGUUUCGUAUCAUUGUUUAUGGCUAACAAAAUAUGGCGGCUGUCGUAGCAACAGCCGAUAUGACGAUUCAAAAGAAUUCUCAGAUUUUAGUAAAUGUAGAAGAAGCUUUAGCUGAUUUAAUUGUUGUAUCGUAUUGCACUGAGGAUAAAAAGUUUCAAGGCGUACUCCUGGACUCCAACAAAGGUAAUUUACCAUAUGGUGUCUAUAGCCUCAACCCAGCAUUCAGUAAACAGGUUGAAUCCACAAAUGAAAGCGAUAAGUUACAUUCCGUUAGCCAAAGGUUCACCUACCAAGAGCCUCAAUAUGAGGGCGAGAACUCGCAAAAAUCAAAGAAACCAGCUGCAAAAGGUAAACAGCAACAAAAGAUGACCGUAAGACUUCGACCUCGGAAGGUCUUGUGUUCUAAUUGCCAAGGGAUUUGUAAUGAGAAUAAUGAAAAUGUAGACGUGUCUAAAAAACGUAAGAUAGAAUCUGAUGACGAUACAUCACACUUCUCUGACUCAUCAAGGACAGAAAAAAAAUAUUUAAUGGGCAGCAUGCUUAUACCCAAGCUGUCCAGGCUGCAGCCCAGUGAAAUCACGAGUGCAGUUAAGGGCUCAGCGAAAAGUUCCAGUAAGGCUAGUGACAAAUCAAUUAAAAGUAAGAAAUCUAACACAGAGACUGUAACACAAGAAAUGGCGUUUGUCAGCGUUUCUGAGGAUAUGGAAGGCGACAAGGAUGAUGUGAAAGAUGAAAAUGGCAUUUCUUUUAGUUCAAUGUUUUCUAGUGCAAAAACUCUAAAAAUAUGUUUUGGGGAAGGUGAAGGAACAGUAGUUAAGAUACCACCACUUGCAGGAGAUUUUAAUGAAGAUUCAGGUGUGUCAUGUGAUAUGGGAAAGCCAACAAAACCCGACUCAAAAGCAGCUAAAAAGGCAUUAAAGAAAGCAAAAAAACAGGCAAAAAAGAGUACCUCUGUAGAAAAAAGUCAAACUGUGCAGUCCCCAAAACAUAUUGGCGCAUUAUCCCCACAUAACAAUGUAUCAAGUCCAACACUAGACCCUUUAGAAAAGAAACACAAGCAUAAGGUAAAGCAUAAAAAAAAGUAUAAGAAUCAGAAGAAACGUGAUGAAAACACAAGCAAAUGUGGAGAGAGUGAAUCAGUGGACUAUUUUAGUGAUAUUAAAGAGCAUUGUAUGAACCAGAAGCUCUGCAUAAGCUUACGAAGACUAAGUAGUAAUUCUCAUGAGAAGCAGAGUGAAAAUGAUCCUAUAGAAAGUGGUUCAGAAGACUGGGACAGUGAGGUUGUGCCAGAUUUCCCUGCAAAUGGUACGGAGGGUGUUGGUGGAAAGGUGUUACGGGUUUCGGUUGGAGAUGUAGUGUGGGGAAAGGUGGUAGGGUUUCCAUGGUGGCCAGGCAAGGUUCUCAAUGUGACACCAUCAUCCAGAGCACAUGUAGCAUGGUACGCUUCAACCACCUCAUCUCUCAUGCCAUGUGAUAGCUUGAGUCCAUUUUUAGAAGAUUUUAAGUUACGAUUUUUGAAGAAAAAGCGGGGACCAUACAAAGAGGCUGUAAUACAAGCAACACUUGAAGCUAAGAGGAAUGAAUCUCAUGUAACCGAUCCACUGGCCAGCCCAACGCACACAUUGGCUACAGUAUCACCUCGACCCAUCGAUGUGUUCUCUUAGACUAAGGUGCAUCCGAAUUUAUUCAAAGUCAUGUGAUAUUUAAUACAUAAUUACUUGAUUUAUGUGCACAAAUAGUGUUUCUUAAUGUGAUUUAGUUAUUGCACUGGAAAUGAAGAUUAAUAUAAUAUUUUCAGUUUAUUUGAAGUUGUACCAGUUUUCUGUUUUCUACAUUCUACAGAACUUUUUAUUAUUACUUAUCCUAUCAAACAUUUUAAUUCAUCAUUUCCGGCAAAGUUAUUUGUCAUUGAUAUUUAAACAGUCUUUAUUUAAUUUAAAUUCCAGUGUAACAACUAUUUAGAUAAAAAUCAUGUUAGUAAUCAGGAUAAUGCCAUUUUGCAAAUAAUAUUCCACUUAUGAUGUGAACUGCCACUUAGAAAGACCUAAGUAUGUUAAGUUAGGAGUUAGCAGUCUUGUACCAACAUUACUCGAUGGACUGCGUAAUACACAUUCUGUAGUUAGCUUUCUAAUUAGAAGUAAAUUCAAUAAUAAUAUAAAUAAUUUCCUGUUCUAUCCAAAUGUUCAAUGUUCUUAUGUAUUAACAGUAUAGACAUUUUUUUAUUUAUUUUGAGAACUUAAUAAAUGUGUAUUUGUUUAUGAUACUUGAAAUCUCUAAAAUUGAGAUUCAUGUAAGAUGCUUCAACGAAACUGUAUUCCAAUGGUUAAUAAAUAUUGUAUACUCAUAUAUAUUUUUAUGAUAAUCUCGCGUGAUUUAUGCUUAUUAAGGGAUAUUAUGAUAAAUAAAUAUUAGGCGGUGGUCUGUUCAGAAAUAAGAUUUUAGGAAUGUCUGUUCAAUAAUAGGUUGUGCACAACACCUUUAUUUAAGUAGAUACAUGUAUAUGGAAGUGACAAUUUUUGCUGGGAAACUAUAGUAAAUGUAAACGGAAAAAGACCUGCAGAAAAACCAAUUUAGUGUG